UUGACAGCACUUCCUGGAGUGGUGUUUGUUGUGGGAAAUAAGCGCCGUGGUGCUGAAGUAGAGGGGGAAUUCAGGCUACAUUAAACGGCAGAAGGACGGCACAAACUACCAUUAUAUCCCACCUCUACAAGCAUGCGGUGGCUGCAGCUUUCGACCGGUAUCAGAUAAGGCAGACGAAGUGACGGCUGAGACUGAGGAAGGACGAGGUGGAAAUACUCCGAGCAGAGCAGAGCAGAGCCGCCGACAGCACGGAGUUGUCGCGAUGUUGUAGCUAAACCAUGGACAGCAGAAUAAAGGAGAAUCCAGACAGAACAUUUGAUCUGGUUGUACAGGUGGCAUGUCCAACAUCUGAAAAUGAGGAUCCAACCGUGCUGUGGAGCUUCCCCCAGGACCACACAGACCAGGAGGUCCUUCAGACGAUACCAAAGUUCUGCUUUCCCUUUGACGUGGAAAGGGUUUCCCAGAAUCAGGUGGGGCAGAAUUUCACCUUUGUGCUGACGGACAUCGACAGCAAACAGAGGUUUGGUUUCUGCCGACUCACUCAAGGCUGCCGGGUCUGCAUAUGUCUGCUCAGCUACCUACCAUGGUUCGAAAUCUACUACAAGUUGCUAAAUACUCUGGCAGACUACCUGACAAAACAACAGGAAAAUGACUUGAAUGACAUGCUGAAUUCUCUCUAUGAUCUGCCUGUGCCAAAGCCCUUCACGCCAGUCAACCUGAGUGUGAAUGAGCAGUUGUAUAUUGCCACUGGGCAAGUACUGAGAGAUCGGCGAAGCAAGGAGCCGCACUCCUACUUCAUCGCCCCGGAUAUCAAUGGACUGCCAACUAUCCCUGAGAGCAGGAACCUGACAGAGUACUUUGUGGCUGUGGACGUCAACAACAUGCUCCAGCUCUACGCCAGUAUGCUGCACGAACGGCGCAUCAUCAUUACCUCAAGCAAGCUUAGCACUUUAACUGCAUGUGUCCAUGGUGCGGCUGCUCUGCUCUUUCCUAUGUACUGGCAGCACAUCUUCAUCCCUGUACUGCCCCCGCAUCUUCUGGACUACUGCUGUGCCCCCAUGCCAUACUUUGUGGGAGUUCAUCUUAGUCUGCUGGAGAGAGUACGAAGUCGAUCACUGGAGGAUGUGGUCAUUUUGAAUGUGGACACCAACGCCCUGGAGAGUCCCUUUGAUGACCUGCACAACUUGCCCAGUGACGUGGUGUCUUCUCUGAAGAGCAAGCUGAAGAAGCAGUCAACAGCAACAGGAAGUGGUGUGGCGAGGGCCUUCCUGAGAGCGCAGGCCGCUCUGUUUGGAUCCUACCGAGAUGCCCUCAGAUAUAGACCUGGGGAGCCAAUCACUUUCUGUGAGGAGAGCUUUGUGAACCAUCGAUCGAGCACCAUGAGGAACUUCCUGUCCAUGGCUGUCAACCUGCAGCUCUUCAAACAGUUCAUCGACGGACGGCUGGCCAAAUUGAACGCAGGCCGCGGCUUCUCUGACGUGUUUGAAGAAGAGAUCACAGAGGGGGGCUUCUGUGGAAGUAAUUCAAGGUCUUACCAGCAAUGGAUGCACACUGUGAAGAGAGGAGGAGCACUCAUCAACACAGCUGUGACAAAAGCCAAGAGUCAUGCCAAGAGGGGCAUCCGGGACUUUAAGGGCAGACUCAAAGCGAGGGAAGAAGAAGAAGAGGGGAUGAUGGUCUGCGCGGGGUCUCCCACCAGCACCAAGAGCCUGUCUCCAAGGAGACUGCAGAAGAUGAGACGGCAAAACUUCAACAAGUAUCCCAUGAGCAUGGGCCCUCGGGAUCUCGGCUACGGGCUCGAUGAUGAUGAUCUGGACAAUGCGAGCAAGAUCUCAUCAGAGGACAGCGGGGAUGUCCCUUCAUACAUUGAGGACAGUGACGACUCCUACUCACUAGAGCUCGACAUCGACUGCGCCCACUCAGGCCAGAUGAACCUGCUGGAGGAAAUCCUAGACUCUCUGACCACCACUACAGUGGAGCAAGGCAAACUCAGUGCUGCCAAGAGCCUGGACUUCUUCAGGUCCAUGGAUGAUUUGGACUACAAGGCUCCGAGCAAGCCCACACCUUCAAGUGAAUCUAAACCUGCAGAUGAGGGUGGCUGUGGUGGAGGCGGGGAUCAGGGAGGCUGGAAUUUGGGCCAGGAUGACAGUGCGGUCCAUGGAAAACACCUUCCCCCAUCCCCACGCAGGCAGCCCAACAAGGUCAGCCUGAAGGUGUCAAAGAAACCCGCCGCAGCUCCCACAGUGCCAGUCAUCACAGCUUCAUCCCCGGCCAAGGAGGCUGAUAUCUCCAGCUCACAUCUGCUCAACUCUGACCCUCACCCUCUACCUCCAGGGCGACAACCAGGAGACCGUUACUCCUACUCGCCCUUACUGUCCCACAGAGUUACACCUACACCGCCAUCUCCGGCUCUCUCUCACACCUACAGCUCUCCAGCACCCGCUUCUGCCCCGAACUAUUCUCCUCCAGCGGGCCGGCCUCGGACCAUCUCAGACCCCCAAGGCAACACAGAGCCUCCUCAGGCCCCCCAGAACCAGACUGCCUCCACCACCAUCCUGCGGAGGAAGGUCCUGUCCAAGGAGACAGUGAGGCACUACCAGGAAAAGGCCCUCCAGCGGCAGGGCAGCAAGGGCCACCACGAGGGUCAGGGGAGCCCGCCAAGGAACAGCCAGUCAGCUAUGCAGGUCCCUUGGGAAAAAGAGGUGUCCAAGGAGGGGCUCCUGGGGCUGGGCCUGUGCCUGGGUCAGGGUAAAGGCUCGGGGGCGGCCGUGGUGCAGGAUCAAGGCCUCCUGGAGGAGAUUGAGUCCAUGUGUUGCCUCGGCUCGGUCCUCCACACCAGCCUGCAGCUCUCACAGGUUCACUGCAACAACAGUCACCACCAGGUUCAGAGCAAAGCCGCAGAGGAGUCGUAGGGACGCCAACGACUCGGUGUCUACUGAAAUCUAUUCACUGUAGAUCUUCUAUUACAACUAGCCACAGUCUCAGAGAACAUCAUCUUUUUUAUCUGAACACUCAGUUAUCAGGAAACAUAAACAAAUUUGAUGUUGUAACGGCAGACACAAACGGAAAGUUACAGCCUUUAGAGCAAGACACAGGGAGAGAAGGAUGGGUGCACGGCAGAGCUCUCCAUCGUUUAAAGAUUUCUGUGUAAAAUAGAGCCCCAAAAAAGCUAAUUUUCUUAAGACAAGUGAAAAAAUCUGCCUGUGUAGUAAGAAUAUUUCGACCUGUUUCCAAUACACAUAAACUUAUUUCUUGAUUAGUAAGAAUUUUGAAAAUAACAGCUCUACAUAGUUUAAAAAAGCAUUUGAAAUACACUGAUUUGCAAUGGAAACAAAAAAGUGGUGUUGAUAUUUGUGGUGUGUUUUUGGAGUACAGAGGGAUUAUUCAUUUGUCUUAAGAAAAUUCAACAUUAUAAACUCAAUAACAAAGUUACAAAAAGCAUCAGACACUUGAUAAGGAGGUAUUUUUACUGCUCAUCGUAGUAUGUCUGUCUGUGAUCAUCUAAAUUUAUAAACAACAUGUUGUAUUUUUCAUCUUUUAACAUAUUCACAAUGUAAAAUCUGAAAAAAAGAAGACUCAAGAAUUACAUUUUGGGUUAAAUGUAGGUAGCCAAUAGGUUAUUUUCACUUAAAGGAACUUAGAAAAGGCUCAGUACUUUGUGAGGAUCAAGAAGGGAUGAUAUCUCCUCAACACAUCAUUAUGACUUUUAACCACAUGUUCCAAACAUUUCAAAUUAAAUUUGCACUUGUAGAUUAACAAAUGUACUCAGUCUUGACCACCUGGUACUAAAAUCUUUCGAGCAAAAACAGCAAAGUGAGACACUUGGUCCUUUGAAGCUACUCAUACACUGUGUAAUAUAAAUGUUGUAUUAUUAUCACCAUGCCUUAAGUGGACAUGUGAUUUGUUUUUGAUACUCUGGUGUCUUAAUCUACAGAUACCACAACAGGUACUUUGUGAUCAGAAUCUCUGAUAGUCUGCGAUCUUAAAUGCAACAGUUAAUAGAGUAAUUAAUAUAUUAUGAUGUGCUUUAAGCUGCUGUUUUUAAAGAGCAUUCCAGAUAACGAGAUGUGCAUGUAGAAACCUCUCUCUGUCUCUGUCCUCUUCCCGUGCUCCUCCUUCGGGACGCUCCUGUCACUCUGACGAGAAGCGAAGACAGUUAAAAGUUAAAGUGGACGAUCUGAAAAAGUCAGUCCUCCAUGUCCUUUUUCUUUUCCUUUCUCCACUAUCAUCACUCUUACCCUCAUGUUGUCUCUUGUAAUUUCUGCCUUUGAGUUGUUUGAGCACAUCUGACCUUCACGCUCGACCUUAAAAAUGGUGGCCAGUUGUUGCAGAGAGCUAACGUGGAAUUGAGUGGAUGUGGAAGAGUUGUACUUUAAAGGAUAAGGCUGGUGAUACACUACGUUUUCCUAUAAUCCUAUAAAACAGUGCAUUAAACCCAUUUGAUCCUACUGAAUACAAAAAUGGGUCACAAAUAUAUGGUUUCAGUUUUAAAAAAGAUUCAGUAGUUUUGUAAAACAGCUGAGAUUCGUAGAUGUUACUCAAACAGGAGUAAAAGAUGCAAUUUUUGGGGACAGCUUCCCUGUUUGUAGGACAAAAUAUACAGUAUCACCAGACUUGUCACAUAACUCAGUCUGUCUUUCUGUCUGUCUUCCUUUCUUUGCUCACAGGAGGAAAUGCAAUCUCUGUCCUUUAAGGUCCGAGUCACACACUGUAACGUAAAGCAGUGGUUGAUGAUUGUACUGUAAUGAAGCAAUACGGUUCUCCUCCGAGAGUAGCUGCAUGGAUGUAAUGUGUACAGAGUCUAAAGUAUUUCUUUAACAGACUCUCCUGUGGAGAGAAACGCCGCGUCCAGAGAUUGUGGGUUCCCAUCAUUCUCUGCGUCGCCACAAACCCGGGGAAAAGAAGAAAAAGCUUUUUCAUGUGCUUGUGUUGGGAUUAUUACAUUUAUGGUUCGUUGUUCUUAUGAUUUAUGCCAGACGCCAGUCGGUGUGGCAGUUUAAUAGCAGCUAUUUCUCCGCUUUUUGAGUGCUGCUCUGCGUUAACGAUUUGCUCAUAAAGUCUUUGGCGUGCUUCUAAAAGCCCAGGAAUCAGUCCUAGUAAUUCCAAAAAGGAGGAGGGAAAAGAAAACCUCCAGAACAAACUCUGCACUGGCCUUAGUCAUUGUAAACACUUUAAAAAAACAUACUAUGCAAAUAUUUAAAAUGAUCAAAAAUAGGUCAGUUUUCUUUAACAGAAAUUAUAAUGCACAAUUCAACUUGAAAAAUAAUCACAAUCAAUCUAGUUUCUAGUGGGAGUACGUCUCAUGUGUCCCUAAAUAAAUAAAUAAAGUCUAUUUAAGUGUGUGUGAGCUGAGGUGUGUCAGCGACAGAACGGUGUGUGCCUUAUACAGUCAGAGUACACUCACAACAAGGUACAGUAUUAUAGAAAGGAGGUGUAUGCAAUGUUUUCAGACCACCUUAAAUCACCGUCAGGACCACUGAGCAUUAUGGUAUUUAUAUGAUAAACAGACCUUGGUCCUUAGAAACUGACCUGAAAUGAACUUGGGUACUAGCGUUGUUUUUAUAGCUGUUUUGUUGUUCAGUUUCGGCUGCAGUCCAGCUGGAGUUACUCAGUGUUUUUCGUUGCUGCAGUGGUCGGUGGGAAUCUUCCUGCCUGUAUUUAAUAGCAGAUCUUUGAACUCCUCCGAGUUAUUUUUUUGUAAAUCAAGUUCUCUCUUUGGUUGUCCUUUUAGGUGAUUCCUUGUAUAGUUUGUGCUCCUUUUGUUUUUUCUCUCUCUUUUUAAACACUCAUUCUGAGCUAGCUGCAUUUGAAGACUCAGCAGAGUUUCUCUAGUUGAUUUCAUAAUGAUGAAAAAUUAUUUUCAACUGAAUAGACAUGUAUUUUUGCUGGCUUGAGUUUAUUUUACAUGGAUAAUAUAUGAUCGGUGUUACAUGUUGUAAAGAGAGAAAAAAAGAUACCUUAUAUUUGAAUGUUUUAGAUUUUAUUUUUGGAAGAAGAAAAAAAUAGAGAGAAUAUUAACAAAUGUCCCAUGUAGCUGUUCAUGUUCAGAAGCAUUUGACACCUUCUAAUCAAAAUAAUCAGAGACUGACGCUUGCUCGUACACGGUACAAUGCUUACUGUCGUAUUUGCAUGAAUGUACCUGUAUGUGUUGUAUGCUAUGAUUUUUUUAAUUUUAUGUUUAGUUUUGUGAUCUAUUCUGUUGGUAUUAAUUAUUAUUUCAGUAUUUAGCCCUUCCAUCAAAUCGAGAACGAUGGAAAUAACAUCAGGUCUCGUACGAUACACUCAUUCUGCCUUGCAUUGGGUAUUGUAGGGUUAAAUGUCAUCUGCCUUGCAUUUAAUGUAGAAGAAAACAUUUCUACUUUGGUUACUGGCCACUGUAAAUCUCACCGUAGGGGUGUGUGGGAAAAAAUACAAAGAAAUGAUUGUCGGGGGUUUGCAUUUCAGUGUCUGCAGGCUUAGGAGUACUCUGCUAAAUUUUGAGUGUAAAGUAAUCAAUAAAUAUGUCAUAUAAUUGUCCUGAAGUUACACAUUUGGAGUGAGCGGUAGGUGACAGGUUAUGUAGCAGACAGAGGUACUAUGGAGUGAGAAAGAUAUUAACAUCACUUCCCUUUAACCACACAUUAAACAGAUUUUCAGUGUAGUGACAACUUUGGACGAGUUACUGUAAGCAACUUUAUUUCUCAGUCUCUCUUCUGGGUAUUGUGAUGAUGAAUAAUUCUUCGGUAUGCCAUUUACUGAUUUUCUAACUCUGUGCACACUUGCAUGUUCUCUUUGCAGAGAAAACAACUGUCUUAAACAGCUGAGGUCAAUCUAACAGUAACGUGCUAUUGAUGAGUAACUUGGUACAACUGCACACAAUGUAUGCACUGUGAACUGAAAAUAAAUUAUACUGUUUCAUUCUUAUGCA